AUGAUUGAAGACAAUAAGGAAAACAAAGAUAAUUCCUUAGAAAGAGGAAGAGCGACUCUCAUUUUUUCCUUGAAGAAUGAAGUUGGUGGACUUAUAAAAGCACUAAAAAUCUUCCAGGAGAAGCAUGUGAACCUAUUACAUAUUGAGUCCCGAAAAUCAAAGAGAAGAAGCUCAGAAUUUGAGAUUUUUGUUGACUGUGAUAUCAACAGAGAACAAUUGAAUGAUAUUUUUCAUCUGUUGAAGUCCCACACUAACGUUCUCUCUGUGAAUCCACCAGAUAAUUUUACUGCGAAGGAAGAUGGUAUGGAAACUGUUCCUUGGUUUCCAAUGAAGAUUUCUGACCUGGACCAUUGUGCCAACAGAGUUCUGAUGUAUGGAUCUGAACUGGAUGCAGAUCAUCCUGGCUUCAAAGACAAUGUCUACCGUAAAAGACGAAAGUAUUUUGCAGACUUGGCUAUGAACUAUAAACAUGGAGACCCCAUUCCCAAGGUUGAAUUCACUGAAGAGGAGAUUAAGACCUGGGGAACUGUGUUCCAAGAGCUCAACAAACUUUACCCAACCCAUGCCUGCAGAGAGUAUCUCAAAAACUUACCUUUGCUUUCUAAAUAUUGUGGAUACCGGGAAGAUAACAUCCCACAAUUGGAAGAUGUCUCAAACUUUUUAAAAGAGCGCACAGGUUUUUCCAUCCGUCCCGUGGCUGGUUACUUAUCACCAAGAGAUUUCUUAUCAGGUUUAGCCUUCCGAGUUUUUCACUGUACACAGUACGUGAGACACAGUUCAGACCCUCUCUAUACCCCAGAGCCAGAUACUUGCCAUGAACUCUUAGGUCAUGUCCCCCUUUUGGCUGAACCUAGUUUUGCUCAAUUCUCCCAAGAAAUUGGCCUGGCUUCCCUUGGAGCUUCAGAGGAGGCUGUUCAAAAACUGGCAACGUGCUACUUUUUUACUGUGGAGUUUGGUCUCUGUAAGCAAGACGGGCAGCUGCGAGUCUUUGGUGCUGGAUUACUUUCUUCCAUCAGUGAACUUAAACAUUCACUUUCUGGACAUGCCAAAGUAAAGCCCUUUGAUCCUAAGAUUACCUGCAAACAGGAGUGUCUCAUCACAACUUUUCAGGAUGUCUACUUUGUAUCUGAAAGCUUUGAAGAUGCAAAGGAGAAGAUGAGAGAAUUUACCAAAACAAUUAAGCGUCCGUUUGGAGUGAAGUAUAAUCCAUAUACACGGAGUAUUCAGAUCUUGAAAGACACCAAGAGCAUAACCAGCGCCAUGAGUGAGCUGCAGCAUGAUCUUGAUGUUGUCAGUGAUGCCCUUGCGAAGGUCAGCAGACAGCCAAGCAUCUGA